UGAAUAGGAGUCCGAACUGAGACAGAUUGAAAACUGCUCGGACUAGUAGACGGCGGUCAAUCUCCCUUUCGAAUCAGUCCUCAGAAGUACGUCUGAAAGAUGUGGAGAAGAGAAGGCAAAAGCAGAUUCAAAAGGUAAAAUAUAACAAAAAGCUGAAGAAAAUCAUUCAAAAUCAUCCAUUAUUCAUUAUUGCUCAAAGCGACCAUCCUGCACCUCUUCAAAAUCCUAAAAAGGAGAGAAUAGAGGACCUAUCUGAGUUCAAUGCUGCUGAUGAAGAAUUUGAGAGGGUUGACACCAUCUUGACUAUCAGUUCUCAAUAUAAUGAUAAAAAGCAAGUUAACAAUACAGCACAAGAGAAAGUUCUUCGGUUAAAGAACCAAACUCCUGGGCCAUGAACCAACUCAGAUAAUUCCUUAAAUUUCAAAGAAUGCAGGAAGAAGUGACUAUAGUUUCAAAGAACUAUGGAGAGGUUAUUAGUAAAGCUAAGAUCAAACGUGUGAAGGGGCUACUCAAUAGCGAUAUUAGGCUCAGAUCUAUCUCUAAUAAGCGAUACCCAAACAGGGUUUUCAACAUCCAAAGUAAGCAUAGGAACAUCAAGCUGAAGAAAACUGUCUUAGCAUCAUCAAGAAAACCUCAAUACCCCAGCCAAGACAGGUCAAGAGCCCUCAACUCCACUGGCAGGAACAUCUCCAGACUCAACUCACACAUAAAGAGAUUAUAGCGCAAAAACAUAAUAUAGGGAGUCAUAUAGGGUAUGAGACUAACCGUGUAGGAGACCAUACUCUUGUUAUAGAUCAGAAACCGAGGAUGGAUGGGCAGAGACAACAGAUGACUCAGAGAAAAAGUCUGAAGAAUUAUCUUAAUGCUAUUAGAAAGGCGAAGAUAAAUAUACAUAAGUUUUGUAUUCAGAAUAAGUCAAGAGAUUUGAAGCAUUCUGGAAGGCAUAAUUGAAGCAUCGAGUCACGUCCAAGCCAUCCCACUGGGAGCCACCCCUUCUCACUUAGACAGCACAGUUCAAUCAAUGACCAAAGAAUAUAUUAUCACAGGCAUAAGUCGCCUUAUAAGGCAGAAGCGUUUAAGAUGAGAAUGCUGAAGAAUAGACGGCCUAAGCUGCCAACUUCGAGUGUGGUGUUCAACCUUAUGAGAAGACGUAGGUAA